AUGUCUGACACGAUUGGUGUGGUAGAUGAGGAAAGGAACACAAGCAGCAUCAUGGAAGAUGCACCUUUUUCGAUAGCCAAUUCAAGAGUAUACAACAGAAUAGCACCAUGGUUUUUGGUCAGUCUAGGCACAUUUUACAUAAGCUUUUUACUGUAUCGCUACUGUUCCUGGAGAUUUCGACGACGCAGGGUUAAACGAGUGCGUAUGGAGAGACAGAAAGUAGAGAAAUUUUGGAGAAAGCGUACCGCGUAUAUUGAUGCAUUGACAGAAACAAGCUCUACUGUGCCAACGCCUCUACAAACAGCAGCAACUGCUGCUGCUGCUGCUGCUGCUUACGAUGAAGAAAAGUAUGUGCAAAAUUGGUCUCCAUCCUUUGAUUCCUCAGCGACUUUGGUGGGUAUUGUCUCUUCCAGUGAUUACUACAUGAGUGAACCAAGAUUUCCAGCGUCAUCAGUUCAAGACAAAGGAGAAGAGGAGAUAUUAGAAGAGGAACAAGAAGCAUCUUACAACUCCAAGUACUACAAGGCAAUGCAAGUCUACUCUCAACGAUCUGCUGUUUUCCGCAAUACAGCAACGGCAGCCCACAAGCAGCAGCGGCAGCGCCGAAAAUCCAGACGAGAGCGGCUCAUCUCCACCAUUCUCAGCAGGAUCAAUGGUAAUCAUCAACGGAAAAAGAGGCGACAAUUGCUAUGGCAAUGGAGCGUGGCUAUGGGUUAUUGUCGGUAUUAUCAUGGCCAUGAUAUGAACAUCAUAAUUCAAAGACUACUUUUGGAAGAGAAACGACAGAAAAGUAUUUGCAAUAGUAUAGCAGAAAAGGAGACGGCAGCAGCAGAAUCCUUGUAA